CAUAACCACCGCAAGACUCACCAGGUCAACAAUCUACGGUUUACCCCGCAAGCUCGUCACAAUGGAAGACCAAGCGGCCGCGCUUCUCACUGCGCUGAAGAAGUCCACCAUCUCCGUGGAACAGAAAGCCACCCUCUUCAACAAGCUCAAGUCCGACAUCAAACACCUGCGAGUCCCCGAACCCGCGCAGGCUACCAUAUUCGAAUGCAUCCGCAUUGCAAUCGGCUCCAACACAUCCCCCCAGCUGGUGUCCACGGGCUUCGCGUCUCUCGGCCAUUUGAUCAAGAGGCUUCAUCUGCAAGACCAGGAUAAUACAAUUGCCGCGCAGGCAAAUAAGCUGUUCCCGUUGCUGCUGGAACGGCUUGGAGAUGCGCGUGAAAGUCACCGCGCCGCCGCGUCCCAGACGCUCGCGGAUAUAUGGCCGUACGAUCAUGCGGACGUGGAGCACGUCAUAAAGGCCAAUGCGCUACAAGGAAACAAUGCGAGAGCGAAGGAGACGGCGAUGCAGUGGGUAGUUAAGAUGAACAAAACAGAAGGGCUACCGUUCCGGGCUUAUGUCCCAUAUCUUGUCACAGCAUUAGAAGACGCAGACGGCCAAGUUCGCGAGUCCGCCAAAUCUGCUAUCAUCGAACUCUUCCGAUCUGCCCCAGAGCAUGCCAAAGGGGACCUCCAAAAACAAAUGAAUUCCCAUGGUGUCCGAAAGACCAUCGUUUCCUACAUUAGCUCCCAAUUCGACUCCGCGCACCACGCUCCCGAACCCGAACUCAAAGCAUCCACCAUGUCGCUCCAUGCUCGGGCACUGGAUCGAAAGCCAUCCGACUCAACAUUAGGCGACAGCCUUGCAUUGGAACCCCCACCAGCAGUCGAAGUCGUUCCUAUGGACCCAAUAUAUGUUCAUACGCAGCGCGAUUUAGAGGACAACUUCCGGAACAUGCUACCGGAUUUCGAAGGGAGGGAGUCGGAGCACAACUGGAUUGCUAGAGAUAAGAACGUCACCAAGAUACGACGUCUUGCCAAGGGCAAUGCACCUUCCGAUUUCCAUGGCGCAUUCGUAGUGGGCAUCAAAAGUCUUCUCGACGGCAUAUUGAAGGUUGCCAACUCCUUGCGGACCACUACGUCGACCAACGGUUGCCUGGUGGUACAAGAACUAGUGAAGCUGCUAGGUCCCGGGAUGGACUCCAUGACCGAGAUCCUCUUGCAAUCCUUCACCAAGAUGACAGCGAAUACGAAGAAGAUCAGCGCGACGAACGGGGACGCGACGGCGGAUGCCAUUUUUCAGAACGUCUCCUACAAUUUGCGUUUGAUGCAGCAUGUCUGGUCCGCCUUCCAAGAUAAGAACGCCUCAACACGAGCGUGUGCUCCGGGGUGGUUGAAGACGUUGAUCAAUAAGCACUCUCCGCACCGGACCCAUUUCGAACAUUCCGGUGGAUUGGAUCUUACCGAGAAGUGCAUCAAGAAGGGACUUGCAGAUCAAAAUCCCAAGGUCCGGGAGGGUACACGAGGUGUUUACUGGAUAUUUGCGAAGACUUGGCCUCAGAAAGCCGAAGCGAUCAUGUCGAAUCUAUUACCAAAGGAUCGUCUGGCGCUUGAGAAUGCUUCUGCCAAUCCUAAUGCGUCGUUGUCAGCUUCAUUCAGCAGUGCUGCUGGACCUGCGACUUCGCGGCCGCCAACGGCCACAUCAAGAUCAACGUUACGAGACACCAUCGCAGCACAGCGGAGGGCCGCACUAUUGGCUACCAAGAAGCUACCAGACCGACCCAUAUCUGCUCAAGCUGCGUUUACUCCCGCAAGACAGGCACCAAGCACAUCAACGAGUCAUACCCCAGCGACCACCGCCUCAAGAACGGCGAAAAAUCCCUCGGUAUCGGUAUCCGCUGCAAGGUCCGCUGUUGGCGCAUCGGCAACAUCCAACGCUGGCCUUAAGGCAGGUCCGGUCCGGCGACCACGGCGACCAGAACUACCUCGACCUGCUACUGCUGAUCCGUAUGCAUCCCGAAACGCAUCCCGCAAAGCAGUUAAGGCUAGCACUCCUGUUAUCAGUCCCAACAAUAGCCCAGCCAGAGAUACGGUCAAGAAGUCCGUGCCAAGUAGAGCCACUGUGAAGACACCUGCACGCCUUGCACAAACCCAUGGAAGUCCAACAAGGACCAGGAACGCCCUUGGACAUACCGCGACGAGGAAAAACGUGGCCACUGACCAAUCCAUGCUAAGUAGUCCAACUAGCACACCGUCCAAGGAUGAGAGCUUGACGAUGGUGUUGCCAGGAGGGGCAGAUGGAGAACAUGCUCCCAGCUGGCCGCCGCGGAAGCGGGCAGCGCUUGACAAGACUAUGUCCGUUGAUAUGGGUAUUGCCAGCCUGAACGAAGAUGAUGGCUUCACCAUGGUUGUCCCGGAUCUCAAUUCGAUCACCCGUGCCUCUCCCGCUCCUCGAAUGAGUCUUCAACGAUCGGAGACACCCAGAAUGUCUCCCCACAUUCUGAGCGAAAUCCCUGUCCGGUCAAGGGCGAUUUCACCGACCCGGCGGUCACCUGAACGAACAAGAGUCGGCGCUAUGGCUGGUUCCGAGAUGAUCGACGAAGACGAAGUCAAAGUUUACGAAGACCCCUUCGUAGCCUACGACUCAACCGCUAUCCCAUCAUCAUCCUCCCCCCAGAAACCCGUCCUCGAAGAAGUCCCCGCCAACGAGCAACCCAACACCUACAGCCGCGACCUCUCCAGCGCCCACUCCACAUCCAGCCACAGCACCAGCUCCUACCUCACCUCCCCCCACAAACCCCCCAGCAACCCCGCCCCCGCUCCCGUUCCCCUCGACCUCGAAAACCUCUCCCCCCAAGACCGCGCCUCCUACCAACGCAACCGUCGCCUCCUCACCAGCGGCAUUGAGCGUAUCCGCGCCCGCACACUCGACGCGCACGGCCUCCGCCGCGUGCAAGACCUCGUCCGCGGCUCCACCACCCUCGACAUUUUCGCCUCGGAUUCGUACUCCACCACCGACCAACAACCGCAACCUUCAUCCCGGUUCGCCGACCUGCUCACCGCUCUCCUCGACUACCUCGAGGCGCCGUCCUCCGAGCUCAAACUCGUGCCGCAGAAGGCCCAGAGUCUCAAGGCGCAGGUCCUGGUCACCAUCCGCGCGAUGCUCGCGCUGCGGCGGAGGGAGAUGGCCCCGGCGCUGUGGGGCGCGACAUUACGCUCGCUCGUGCAGGCGAGGAGAGAAUAUGAAGGCACCGAACACGUUGCCGCGGAGUUGGAGCGGGCAGCCGAGGAGGUGGUGCGGAUGGGGCCGGUUCAAGAGUGCCUCACCGCCCUAUUAGAGGUCAUGGAAGCGGUGGCGAUUGGGAUGGCGCCUGGAACCGACGCCCUCGACGAGAGCCCGAGCGCCUCAUUAGAGGACCCCAUCGGCGACGCCCGCGUCGUCGUCCUCGGCCUCAGCGUCCUCGGGCAACUCCUCCGCGUCGCGCAAGGCAACCGCAGCCCCGCGCCCAGCAGCGCGCUCGGCGUCGGCGCCACCGAUACCCAGCGACUUGGCAGACUUGCGCUCCGGUUGCUUAACUCGACGGAUCCGGACGUGCGGCGCGCGGAUCUGGAGUUCUGUCUUGAAUUGCAUGAGCGGUUGGGGCAGAGCAGUGGGGCUGGGAAGGGGGACGCGGAGGAAUUUUGGAAGGUGGUUGGGGGGGCGAGGGAGCAGCAUCUGAACCUGAUUACGUAUUAUUUGGCGAGGAGGCACAAGGCUUGAUCGCGUGUUGUCUGGCGAGGAGGCAGAAGCCUUGAUCACGGAUUGUUGGCGCGAAGGCAGAAGGGUUUAGAUCGUUGCCGGGAUGGAGUUGGGCGGAUGGGUGUUCAAAAGCUUAUUGUUUGUAUUGUAGCUGGGAAUAUUGUUUUCUGGCAUGGGGUACUAGGGAGAACCGCGUGGGCCUAGAGAUGGAUGGAUUGUGUUAGCGAUACACAGGCCUUUCGGAGUUCAGUAUUAAUUUGAAAAUUGUAUUUGAUGGUUCACGGCC